CCGCCCUGACUCUCCCAGCCUGAAGCCUGCUCGCCCUCGGAUGUCCGGGCUGGGCACAGGCGCCAGCGUCCACCUGGAGAGGAGAGGUCGCCCAGCACCGCUCAGGACAGGCCCGAGUGGGAGCGGGACCCUCCUACCUUCCAGCAGCCUCGGCCCGCGGGGUGGGGGUUGGGAGAGAUGAAAGGAGGUGACCGAUCCCGAACCGUCACCUCUCCAUUAACCAGGGCCCGCAGCCCCGCCCCUCCCCCAGACAUCGAGGAGCCGGGGAGGUGUGAACGGUCUCCUUUGUGCCUCUGAAUCGAAGGCAAUUAGGCCCUGCUUAUCUGGGCAUUAGCCGUGUAUGCAAAGCGGGCUCCCGCCCCCUCCUCCCGGGCUUAUAAACGCCGCCGCCCGGCGAGGCCGGAGGUGGAUCCUGCGCCUGGCCAGCCCCACCCGGCCUUCCCUCCGGCCCACCUGACCGCCAUGCGCCUCUCCUCCCCACCUCGUGGCCAGCAGCAGCCCUCUAGCUUUGGCUCUGUGGACUGGCUCUCCCAGAGCAGCUGCUCAGGGUUGACCCACACCCCCAGGCCUGCCGACGUCUCCCCGGGGAGCCUCCCUGGCCCGGGCCAGAUAACCGGCGCCCGGGAGCCCCCUCAGGCCAUCGGCAUCAAGGAGGCCGCCACGUCCUCAAAUCUGCCUGCGCCGGAGAGGACCGUGGCUGGGUUGAGUAAGGAGCCAAAUACCUUGCGGGUCCCCCGUGUCCGCACAGCCUUCACCACGGAGCAGGUCCGCACCUUGGAGGGCGUCUUCCAGCACCACCAGUACCUGAGCCCUCUUGAGCGGAAGAGGCUGGCCAGGGAGAUGCAGCUCUCAGAGGUCCAGAUAAAAACCUGGUUUCAGAAUCGCCGGAUGAAACACAAACGGCAAAUGCAAGAACCGCCGCCGCACAGCCCCUUCUCGGGGUCUCUCCACGUGCCCCCAGCUUUCCACUCACCGUCUUCUGGCCUUGCCAGUGGCCUGCAGCUGCUGUGCCCUUGGGCACCCCUGCCUGGGCCCCAGGCUCUGAUGCUGCCCCCUGGCUCCUUCUGGGGUCUCUGCCAAGUGGAACAAGAGUCCUUGGCCUCUGCGGGAGCUUCCUGCUGCAGGCAACCUCUGGCGUACCAGCCCCCAAUCCCAGGAAGUGGCCUGCCUACACCGGGACCAGCCCUGUCCAAGGGGCCCUGGGGCCUGUGUGCUCUGCCAGAGACAGGGGAUGCCUUUUGAGGAAGCGCCUCUGACUCCCUCCCACCCUCACAGUCUUGCUGAUUGCACCUGGCUCCUACCUGGAGGACUCAGCUGUUCUGUUU